AUGAAUAUUGAAACAACAAACACAGCAACAACACAACUGUUGAAUGAAUACUACCAAAUCAGCACUCAAGCCAUACCAACACAGAGAGUCAAGUCUGAAUGGCAGGAUGACAACAAACGAGCUGUCACUCCAGUUUCAUCAAACCCAACAUCAAGAACCAACUCUGCUGAUGAUCUGGACUAUGUUGCAAAAUUUGGUAAACUAAAGCAAUAUGUGGAUGUAGUGGAUGACAAACUGGUGAUCAAAGUGAUCAAUGAGACGAAUGAUCUGACAAGUGACAAGCACAAGAAGUGGAUUGAGACAAUUGAAGAUUUGAAAGUUAUCCGCAGAACAAGGCAAAAGAGAUGGACUGACAAUCGACAAACAGUCGAAUCCAACAGUGAAAUGACAUUGUAUUUCAUUCACAACAAUCUCACUCGACUACCAAACAGGAACGCACUAGAGUUACACAAGACAACAUGUCUCAUUUGGUGUAUUGCUGGUGGUGCGGAGUUUGAUGAUGAAUAUUGUCCAUAUGAUGAUGAUGGCUGUACUCCUGUAGAUUACCAGAAUUCCAGUGAUGAUGAUAUUGCUACCAAUGAUCGUGGAACUGAUAGUGCAGUCUUUUUACACUGUGGAAUCACAAUCAGAAUUGAAAUUGGACACAUUAAAGUCAUUUGUCAUCAUAUCCCAUGGCCAGAUACCAGUAUUCAAAAUAGGAAAUAG